AUGACAGCAUCCGAAUGGAACUUGAUGAUAAUGAUGAUCAUGAUGCUGGCGCUCACCCACAAAGAGAACAGGCCAAGACCCGGGCGGCAACUGAGUUUGCACGUGCAAACUACUUCUUUGUUUCCUUGCUGUCGACGUGACGGGGACAUUCAGAGAAAGAAGAAGAGGGAACAUGAGCUCGUGCAAGAGGCGCGUGGCGCGUUGGUUUACGGAGCAGCGCGCUCUCGGACGUCCACUGUGUCAGCUGGCGAGCAGGAGCCACUUGGAACACUGUGCCUGCCAUCCUUGACGAACCCGCGUUCUUUAGGCGACCUCCACGGCGGGGCCUGCUGGCUCCCGUCGACCGUUCAACAGCACGUCUCCGCGGACCAGCGACCGACGAUGACCGCCAAGGACCACAUGCGUCAGAAGUUGGACGAGCUCAUGGGCACCGGCUGGGACGGCGUCAAGAACUCGCUCCACUACUCGGACCCCAAGGUGUGCCGCUGCUUCCUGCUAGGCCUUUGCCCGCACGACGCCCUGGCCGGCACCAAGAUGUCGAUGGGACCCUGCUCCAAGGUGCACAACUACGCACUCAAGGCAGACUUCGAGAACAGCUCCAGGCUGUACCGACCGGGUCAGCACCGUUUCUACGAGCUCACGGUGCUUACCUAUCUUCAAAAGGUGAUUCGUUCUUGCGAGAUUCUGGACCGGGCCAAGAAGGGCCGUCUGACGCGGUGCCAGUCGACGGCGCGCAACAAUCGUCAAGGUGACAAGGAGGCCACGCUGAAGUCCUACGGAGAACUGGUCGACAAGAAGCUCGUCGAGGCUGAAGAGCUCGGCAACGAGGGCAAGGUUCAGGAGGCGCUCACCGUCAUCAGGGAGGUCGAACGACUCAAGCGACGCCGUAACAGACUCGAAAGGGUGCUGGACCGCAAGUCCAACGAGCCUGUCAAGGAGCAGAAGCAGAACAUCUGCGAGGAGUGUCAACUCUGCAUCGGCCUCGACGACAACGAACAGCGCAUCGCCAACCACUCCAGCGGCCGACUGCACAACGCCAUGCUCGAGAUGCGGCGCAAGAUCACCGAACUCGCCACCAGCCUCGAGAAGUCGCAGAUGCCGGGCGACUGGGCGCGGCUCGACGCCGCCCAGCAGCUGACGAAGCAGUCCACGUCUCGUCUAGACCUGGCUUCCACAAGGGCACACAGCUACUCGCCCAGGUCUUCUAGGUCCGACAGCCACAGCAGCAGCAGCCGCAGUCGUAGCCGAAGUCGUAGUAGCCGGAGGUCUUAUAGCUACUACAGCAGCAGUAGGCACUCGUCGACUUCUCGAUCUAGGUCGCGUUCCAGAUCCCGCUCGACGCAUAGAGCUCGCUCCCGGAAGUCUCACUCGAAGCCGCACCGCAAGUCGCGUUCAUGGUCCUCGCGACGCAGAUUUUCUAGGUCUGGCUCGGGGGGCCGGUACAGCAGCAGCUGCUCGCGCUCUUCCUGCAGCCGUUCGCACAGCAGGUCACGGAGCUUCUCGAGCUGCAGCCGCUACUCUGACAGGUCACGAAGUCGUGGAAGGCACCACAGUCACUCCCGGUCCCGGAGUCACUCCCGGUCAAGAGGCCAUCGUGGUCAUCGAGGACGUCGUGGAGAUAGCGAGCCCCGGUCGAGCACUCUACGCAAAUCAGAUGGAUCAAAGGAAUCUCCAGACAAUGCCGAAGAAAAGCCAGCAUCAAUGUCUAUGCAGUCUCCUGAAAAGGAGACGAAAGAAUGUACCACGAAGGACCAUUCCAAGCGGUCUCGCGCGGAAGAAACUCGAAUCGCCGGAAAGGCCAAUCCAUAA